GCGGCGCAGGAGUGGGGAGUCUGGGAGAGCUUCCACCUUCGGGGCUGGAGCCCGGCUCCCCUUGCACCGGCGCCUGGCUCCGCGCUGAGUCAGGAUGGUGGGACUCGCAGCCUCAUACGUGCCCCCGACCAUGGCGGUCAAGAUCUUCUCGGCUGGAGUGGCGGCCUGCGUGGCGGAUGUGAUCACCUUCCCGCUGGACACGGCCAAAGUCCGGCUACAGGGAGGGAGCGCGAUGGAGAAGGUAGAGCAGGUGGCCACGUUAAAAAAGUUUGACCUGUCACAGGACGGAUGCUUUAGGAUCCAAUGCGAAUGCCAGACCUCCAGUGCUGUUAGGUAUAAAAGUGUCCUGGGAACAAUCACCACGGCAAAAACAAGAGGGCCAAUGAAACUCUACAGGGGGCUGUCAACUGGCCUCCAGAGACAAAUAAGCUUUGCCUCUCUUAGGAUCAGCCUCUAUGAGAGCAUCCAGGAGCUCUUCACCACAGGGAAAGAAAGUUCUACUCCAAAUCUGACAAGAAUUGUCAUCAUCGGCUGUACAGAGCUAGUAACAUAUGACCUAAUGAAGGAGGCCCUUGUGAAAAACAAACCCAUUUCAGAUGAUGUGCCCUGUCACUUUGUGUCCACUGUUAUCGCUGGAUUUUGCACAACGGUUCUGUCCUCUCCAGUGGAUGCGGUGAAAACCAGAUUUGUUAACUGUCUACCGGGACAGUACACAAGUGUGUCCAACUGCGCAAUGAUGGUCCUUCCUAAGGAAGGACCAUCGGCUUUUUUCAAAGGAUUUGUACCUUCCUUCUAGUGACUGGGAUCCUGGAACAUCAUCGUUGUGUGCCUUGAACAGCUGAAGCGAGAACUGCUGAAGUCGAGGCAGACCAUGGACUGUGCUACCUAAUCAUCUCCAGAGAAAGGAUGGAACAGACCAGUGGGAAUCUUUGCUAACUGGAUAAUUUUAAAAAAGCAAACAAACCUAUUCACUUUAUUUCACACUAAAAAGAUAAGAAACUCUGGACUAUUUUUUUCGAAGGAAAACUACUACCCAUCUCUUGUGACUUUUAUGCUCAGUGCUUUAAGGAAGGGAAAGCAAAACAUUCAGUAUACACCCUGGCAAAUGUAAUGUCCAGAUAAGUUACUACAUUUGAUUGACCAUUUAAUGGGAGAGGGAGUUUAUGAUUGAGUAUGAAGAUCUUUAACAGGUUUUAAUUAUUAAUUCAAACUGAUGGAAAAGGAAAACUGAGUGAAAUGCACUUUAUAAAUACUUAAAAAUGAAGUUAUCAAAGAAAAUACUAUUGUUUCCUUUUUAU